AUGGGGGCUGACGCCGCUGGCGGCGCAGAUGGUGGCGGCGGCGGAAGCGGCGGCGGCGGAAACGGCAGCGUCAGAAGCGCAGGCGGCUUCGGAGGCGGAAGCAGUGACGCCGCAGACAGUGGCUUCGAGGUCACCAAGGGGCAUCGCUGCACAAGCGGCUUCGGCUCCGAAGGCCUCCGGGGCUCAAGCGGUGGCGGCAGCGGCAUAAGCGUUGGCGUCGGCGGGGAUAGCAGUGGCAGCGGCUUCAGCGGCGGCACAAGUGGCGUCGGUGGCGGCGCAGGCGAUUUCAGCGGUGGAACCAGCAACGCCUCCGACGACGGCGUCAAGGACGGCAGCGGCUUCAGCAACGGCGGUAGCAGCGACGUUGCAGACUGCGGCUUCGGCCGCGCAAGCGGCGGUGCAGACGGUGCUGGCUUCGACGGAACAAGCGGCAUCGGCGGCGGCGCAGGCAGUCGGUGCAAGCAGCACUGGCGCAGACAGCUGGGCUGCACCAGCGGCGACCGCUUGGGCGUCCAAGGCUCAAGCGGCAGCGGCGGCGGCGGUAGCAGCGGUGGAGCACAUAGCGGCAUCAGCGCAGACUGCGUCGGCUGCACAAGCAGUGUUGGCGACUCAAGUGGCGGCUGUGGCGCAGAUGGCAGCAACGCAGAUGGAAGCGGCGGAGCGGCGGCUGGGGCUGUGCAAGCGGCCGCAGCGGGAGCUCGAGGGCCAGCAACUGAGGAAGGGCAGAGUUAUGGACAUGGGCAUGGACACUCCCGGUUCAGUGAAGGAAAUGAGCACCAGGCCAAACAGCAGCUUGUCCUUUCCUUGCCUGAUCCUUUCUGUCUUGGCCCUCAUGGGAUUGAAGUUCUGUGGAAGCUUCUCAUUUUAACUGCCUUCUUGGGAACUUGUGCCUUUCUCAUAUACCUCUGGAGAACCAUCCUCGCUAUAAAGCCUCGACAAUACGAAGUUACUUUAGACCAAAUCAAGAUGAAGAUUAAUAACCUUAAAAACGAAAACAGGGAUCUUGAAAAAAACAUAGCGAGUUGGGAGGAGAAGGCCAGGGAAGCAAAGAAGCAAGCAGAAACGAAGAGAGAACAUAAGCGUUCCCUUGCUGGAGUACGUAAAUUAAAAGCCCAAGAUGCACUGGUGGAUCAAGAGUUGAGAGCCUUGACAUCAAAAAACCAAGAACUGAAAGAAAGGAAAACAUUCCUGGAAGACCAGUGUAAUGCCCUGAGUUCUAAAGAAGCAGAAUUGAACCUGCUAAAGAAAAAAUUGGAUAUGGUGGUGGAGUUCUCUGAAAACCAAAAACUGACUGCAGAAGAGUAAGCCAUUGCUGUGUUGUCAUAGAUAUUGUUGUAUGAAUUUUCGUGGCGGCCAGUAUUUGGAUCUUCUGGAAUUGGAUCUUUGUGUACUUUUGC